AUGGCCGGGAAUAUAUCAAUCUCGCCAUUUCUCUUCCAGCGUUGCUUCCAGCAAGCGUGGUCCGGAUCGCGACGGGCUCGAGUCAAUUAUGGCAGCACCAAAUAUGGAAAGAAACCCGGUGAUAAUGACACUCUGCAGCUUCCACGGAGAUUUGGAAUCGCUGUCAGUGGCGGCGCCGACUCCAUGGCUCUGGCAUACCUAUGCAAGCAACUGGAACGAUCUUCGGAUGUUGCUGGGGCCAUCUCUGUCACUGCUUUUGUGGUAGAUCAUCGUGCCCGUCCAGAAAGCACUAUCGAAGCACAAAAGGUUGCUGGCUGGCUUCGUGAUAUGGAAAUCAGGACCCAUAUCCUUAGUUUGGACUGGUCUGGAAUUACUUCAAGUCAGAAUGAAUUGUCUUCGCCAAAGUCCGGAGCAUCGAGUCCCCUGCCAUCCGCCUUUGAGACACAUGCUCGACGGCUCCGUUUCCAAGCCCUCGGCAUAGCUUGUCAUGAGUUCAAACUUGAAACAUUGCUUUUAGGCCAUCAUCAAGAUGACAACAUCGAAACCACCAUUUGGCGGCUCUCCACUGGGGCAACUGGGUUAGGACUUGGCGGCAUCCCCGAAGUUGCUCGAAUCCCCGAAUGCCAUGGUCUCUUCGGGGCUUCUGAGAGCUGGUCAACUACAUCAAUUCCCACAAAACCACCGACAAAACCGCAACCCAAAGUUCGAUUCGAUAACCAGAAGCAUGGAUUCAUCACUUUUCCUGACUCAAACGCUCGGACAGAUAAAACCCACUCCAGUCUCACAUCCAAUGUAAACAUGGCAAGCCCUGGCAUAUUCAUCUGCCGACCUCUACUCUCUUUCACCAAAACAAGUCUUCUGGAGACCUGCCACAAAAACAAAGUCCCCUACGUCUCCGACCCAACAAAUUUCGACCCAACCCUCACUCCCCGGAACGCCAUCCGCAGCCUUCGCACCUCUAACUCCCUACCCCGUGCGCUGGAAUCACAAUCUAUCCUCUCCCUAAUUCGUUCAAGCCAAGACCUCUUCCAGAGGUCAAACGAGCUUUCCAACUACCUCCUCUCAUCCCAAUGCCGAAUCCUAAAUUUCAACCCCAAGGCAGGGUCAGCGGUCAUUCAAUUUCUAGACACAAGUCCAGCAUCCAUGGACCCCCAACUGGCAACAUUAUCAGCCUCUCGAACCCGCCAGAUCCAGACCAUCGUUCUCCGCCGCAUCACAGAACUAGUCUCUCCAUUCCCCGAUAGCCAUUUCUCGCUACGCAGCUAUGAGCCGCUAGUUUCCAAUGUGUUCCCCGGUCCAGAUGGCCCUCAUGGCGCAAGCGCCACAUCCAAUGACCAGAAAAGGAGAAAAGCCUUCACGGUAGCGGGGGUUCUGUUCCAGCGUCUCACGAACGAAGCCUCCACGCUUGGAAAGUCCCAUGACCCACGUCCCGGGGGUGAUAAUAUCUGGUUGCUAUCCCGGCAACCAUUCAUGAGAGAUCGGGACCCCGUGACGCAGAUCAAUGUUUCGCCUAGUGGCAGUUUCACUCCGUGGGUUUUAUGGGACAACCGGUACUGGAUGCGGCUUCGUCUCGUUCCAGUCGACCGUGAUCCCAGUGAACUGGGGGAUCAAUUGAUAAGUGUUCCUCUUACAAUACGCCCGUUCCAUAAAUUUGAUAUGGAAAGGCUACGCAAAGAUGCGGUUAAUCCAAGGGUGCAGGGGCGAACGAAUAUGGAUUCUGCUGCUGAUCAGAAAAUGCCCGGGACUUUUGAGCACCUCAAAGCCCUCUUGUCUGCUGAAGCGCCUGCUCAGCUACGCUUCACCUUACCUGUGAUAUCAAGGGAAGGAAUCGUGUCUAAGCCAGGAAAGCCCUCGGGUCAGAAGGUUUGGCAACAGCUGGCAUUGCCGACUUUGGACUAUCGGCUAUCUGGUCAUUCAGCUAAGUAUUCUUCUCUCAGCGAGGUGGAAUUGGUACAUCUACGCUGUCACUGGAAACUGAAAUGGCAGUGGAUGUACAAAAUGAUUGACACUGAGGCACUACGCCUGAUGGGCUGGCCGGUGGGUAAAGAUGCCGAAGAGGCUUAG